AUCGACAUACCAUUGUGAAUCCUUAAAGUGCGUAUCUUGUAUCAAGACAAACUGAUAUCAUACAGUCUGAAAGUAUAAGGUGAUGUUAACUAGGCAACCCCGCAAUCGCUGAAAGUUGAGUCGGUUCCUGAGGAAUCCACCCCACUCGAAAAGAUUGACUUCUUUCUCUCCUCACUUUCACCCUCUCCCCUCACGCUUCAAUUCUACAGUUCAAUCAAGACAUAUCCCAUGUUCUCUCGAUUCAAUCAGUUGGCUCGACAUCUGUCUCGUCCACUGCCCAACUACGCUCACUCAUCGACUGCUUCAUUCGCGUCUUCGGCUCAUCCGGCUCCCAGCAUGACAUCAUCCGCGACGUUCUUUGAGAACAAAUCCAAGACGAUAAACACAGCAGCGUGUCUGAUUAUUGGCGAUGAAGUUCUGGGCGGGAAGACAAUCGAUACAAACUCCGCCUACUUCGCCCGCUGGUGCUUCUCCCUCGGCAUCCAACUCAAACGCAUCGAAGUAAUCGCCGACGACGAAGAAGAGAUCAUCGAAGGCGUGCGACGCAUGAGCGCCAAAUACGACUUUGUAGUAACAAGCGGCGGCAUCGGUCCCACACACGACGACAUCACCUACUCCUCGAUUGCGAAGGCAUUCAACCUCAAACUAAAAUUGUACAAACCGGCCUUUGAGCGAAUGAAGGCGCUCACAAAACCCAGUCAAUUACAACCGGGAUUCAAAUGGGAUGAGCCGUCCCCGGCGCUAACGGCGCGGUUACGUAUGGUCGAGGUACCCUACGAUGAAAACAUUGAUGAGGAUCAGCAGAACGUCUUUGCGGUUGAUGAUUCUUGGGUGCCGAUUGCGACUGCGAAUGGGAAUGUCCAUGUUCUUCCGGGAGUACCUAGGCUAUUUGAGAAAUUACUCGACGGUCUCACGGCUGUUGUAAGGCCUCGAUUGGCGGAUCCAGAAGGGAAAGGCUCCUACAGAGUGUUGAUUAGUACUCCAUUACCCGAGAGUUCGGUGGCAGCGUACUUGACCGAUUUGGCAUUGAGGGUCAUGCCGCAUGGCGUGAAAGUGGGAAGUUAUCCGCGAUGGGGAAAGAAGAGGAAUACCGUCACGCUGGUUGGGAAUAAUAAGGAAUAUAUUGAUUCACUGGUGGCAGAGGUUGAGAAGAAUGUCGAGGGUAGACGUGUCCAGAGAGAGGGUGAAGACGACCCGGAUGAUGCUUAGAUUAGACCUAUGUCUGUAUGUAUAAAGAGAUGUACUGCAUAUACCAGCA